AUGCGCAAGCUCGAUCGUAUCGCUGCUCCUUUUACGCCUCGCUUUGCUGACCUCAAGCGCAGCCUUGUUACACCCGAAGAUGAGAAUAAAUUGACAGAAUCAUGGAACAAGCUGCUCGUCGCGCUCAAGGACCGUACCGAAGAAAUCAAAAAGACCGGCUCCCCUAUCGUCCCUCAAGUCGAGUUCAGCGAACUAUCCUCGCUCGAGCCCUCCAAGUUGGAAGAGAUCAAACGUACAGGUUGCGUGGUCAUACAUGGGGUGAUCGAUGAAGCCACGGCGGCCGGCUAUAAAGGCAAGCUAGAAGAAUAUAUCCGGUCAAACCCCGAAGCUCGGGGUUUUCCACCUGAAAAUAAGCAAUUCUUUGAGCUAUACUGGUCAGAGUCUCAGCUCCAAGCACGAUCCCAUCCAAAUGUACUUUCCGCCGCCGGUUGGCUCAACUCACUGUUCCACACUCAAGAGACUUCAGCUGUUAGUUUAUCGACGCCGCUAAUGUAUGCGGAUCGAUUCCGAAUUCGGAAACCGGGUGUUCAGUGGACCAUCCAUUCGCCCCAUGUGGACGGCGGAAGUAUUGAGCGUUGGGAGGAUCCUGCACUUAGGAAAUGCUUUGAAAACAUCCUCGGUGGUGAUUGGGAGAAACAUGACCCUUAUGACCUGACGUAUCGGCUCGAUGGAAAUAGCGAUAUGUACAAUCGCCCUAACCAAUGCUCCGUAUUCCGUACUUGGCAAGGAUGGCUAGCCAUGUCUUCGACGGGGCCAGGAGAAGGGACUAUCAGAUUCUUCCCAGACUUGACUUUGUCCACCGCAUAUAUCAUGCUCCGGCCAUUCUUUAAACCUCUUGAUGGGAACGUCAACAACAUUAACCCCUCCAAUUGGAAGAUUGAUGUUGGUGGUUCGCCAAACUUUGAAGGCGUACAACGAGAACUAGAUCCUGAUGGAACUGAGACCUUCAGAUCUAUCCAACUGAACAAUGAGUCACACCCACAUCUGGCCUUGGACCACACUAUGACUAGUGUUCCCAAGGUGAAUCCGGGAGACAUGGUAUUUUGGCACUGUGACUUGAUCCAUUCGGUUGAAAGUACUCACUCUGGCACGCAAGACUCAUCUGUUAUGUACAUCCCCGCAGUCCCUGUGACCACCGCAAACGCGGCAUAUGUUGCCCGCCAACGCGACACAUUCCUCGUUGGAAUGCCGCCGCCAGAUUUCCCCCAAUAUCCUGACACUGGAGAGAGCAAAUUUGUCUCCAAAGGACUACCCGAACAUAUCCAGAGCGCCGAAGAAACUAGCUCUUCGACUCGAAAAAAAUUUACCAUCGGCUCUCGGGCCUCAAAGCUCGCUCAGGUCCAGGCCGAAAGCGUCCGAGACUCACUGACUGCACUUCAUCCCGACAAAACAUUCGAUAUACUCUAUAUGACUACUGAGGGCGACAAAAAUCAAUCACAGGCCCUUUAUCUUCUUGGAGGGAAAGCGCUAUGGACGAAGGAGCUCGAAGUUUCACUAUUUGACCGACAAGUAGAUAUGAUCGUGCAUUGUCUAAAGGACGUCCCGACUUUACUACCGGAAGGUGGAGAGAUCGGUGCAAUUUUGGAACGCGAGGAUCCUAGAGAUUCUCUGGUUGUGAAAGAGGGCCUAUCUUACAAGUCACUUGAAGAAUUACCCGAUGGCAGCGUGAUUGGAACGAGUAGCGUGAGACGAGUAGCUCAAUUGAAGAAGAGCUUUCCCAACUUAGUGUUUAACGAUGUGAGAGGAAAUCUCAAUACUCGACUCAGCAAACUCGAUGAUCCUAAAGGACCCUUUACCGCCAUCGUCUUAGCACGUGCAGGGCUAGUGCGACUAGGACUUGAGUCCCGAAUUACAUGCGACAUCGAGGCUCCUACACUCCUCUACGCGGUUGGCCAAGGCGCUCUCGCAGUUGAAACCAGGUCGAAUGACCCGGAGACCCAAGAGCUGCUGACUCAAUUGGAAGAUUGGCGAACGGCAUGGUCGUGUCGAGCAGAGCGUGCAUGCUUGCGAGUGUUGGAGGGCGGCUGCAGUGUACCGGUCGGGGUCAAUAGCUUACUAGAGGAGCAUGAAGACGAUGCUGUUGGGCAGUCAGGAGCAGAGGCCGGGAGCAACAGCGAAGGAGUCCAAGCAGAAAGCUCCAAGUCGGCACCUCGAGCAUCCAAACUCACCUUGACUGGAACAGUGACAUCUCUCGACGGGUCCAAGCACGUUCAUCAUACUAUCACAACCGUAGUGUCAUCGGCGGAAGAGGCAGAAGACGUGGGGAAAGGUGUCGCCAAAGCGCUGAUUGUGAAUGGAGCGAAGGAUAUCCUUGAAGAAAUCAAUCGCGAACGAGAGUCAAGGGUUCAGCGAGAGCGUCAGCAAGACGCAGAGCGAGCACUGCGCCCCGAAGAACUCGAGACGGAUGACCUUAAACGAAAGACGCCAACGAAUCAGUCUGGUGCAAAUGCGCCCGCCACCCUUACUGCCGUCGCGCCUGUCAUCUUUAUUGUCUUUCAAACAUCUGCGAUGGUCAGCUCACAUGCACCUCAACCCCCUAUUGUGCACUCGUUCAGUACGAGCAGCGCCUUGAUCGAUUCAUUGGCUGAAUUCAUCAUCAAAGCUCAAACUGAAGCAAUAGAAAAAAGGAACAAAUUUACUAUUGCUCUGUCGGGUGGGUCCUUGCCCAAAAUGCUCAAAGGGCUUAUUGGCCGCAGAGAUGUUCCGUGGGAUAAGUGGUAUGUCUACUUUGCCGACGAACGCCUAGUUCCGCUGGGCCACGAAGACUCAAAUUAUUCCUUGUGCGACAAAGAGUUCCUAUCUCAUGUACCCAUUCCCCGUACCAACAUUCAUACUAUCGAUGAGAAGCUCCUGGAUGAUGCUGAAGAGGCCGCAGAUGCCUACGAAAAGAUCCUUAUCCGAGAGUUUGCCCAGAAGGACUCUGCUCGCUUCCCUGUAUUUGAUCUGAUUUUGCUGGGAAUGGGUCCUGACGGGCAUACAUGCUCACUUUUCCCUGGUCAUGAGCUGCUCAACGAGACUGAUCGCUGGAUCGCCCCCAUCGAAGAUUCUCCAAAGCCGCCUCCACGCCGUGUUACUUUUACAUUCCCAGUCUUGAAUCAUGCUGCCAAAGUUUCGUUUGUUGCCACUGGCGAAGGAAAACAGGAGAUGCUACAGCGCAUUCUCGAUCAUCCAGAGCAAGGCCUUCCGUGCUCUCGCGUCCUCCCUCUGGCUCCAGGGCAGGUCUACUGGUUCGUGGAUGAUGCAGCGUCCGCCCGUGUGCAGUACAAAAAGACCCAGUUCAAGUUGUGA